CGUAAAAACUGAUUCUCUCUGGUCUUUUCUCCCGCUCUGUUCGUCUUCUUCUAUUCUCCUACCUGCUCUCUGAUUCACUGCUUCUCUCUGCCUCUUCCGUUCUUUCACUUCGAUCUCUGAGCCUCUCUCUGUAACUCUCGUCGCCAUGGAUGAAGAAUACGACGUCAUAGUUCUCGGAACAGGUCUCAAGGAAUGCAUCCUCAGUGGUCUUCUCUCUGUCGACGGACUCAAAGUGUUGCAUAUGGACCGGAAUGACUAUUAUGGAGGAGCAUCAACCUCACUUAAUCUCGUCCAGCUUUGGAAGCGAUUCAGGGGCAAUGACAAGCCUCCAGAACAUUUGGGCUCAAGUAGAGAGUAUAAUGUUGAUAUGAUCCCUAAGUUCAUGAUGGCAAAUGGUGCUUUGGUUCGUGUCCUCAUCCACACUGAUGUCACUAAGUAUCUGAACUUUAAGGCUGUUGAUGGUAGUUUUGUGUACAACAAAGGGAAGAUUCACAAAGUUCCAGCUACUGAUGUGGAAGCAUUAAAAUCACAACUCAUGGGACUGUUUGAAAAGCGUCGUGCGAGGAAGUUCUUCAUUUAUGUGCAAGACUAUGAAGAGAAUGAUACAAAAUCUCAUGAAGGACUUGACCUCAAAAAAGUUAAAGCAAAAGAUCUUAUCUCGAAAUAUGGGUUGGAAGACAACACGGUUGACUUUAUUGGUCAUGCUUUGGCACUCCAUAUAGAUGAUAGGUACAUAGAUGAGCCUGCAAUGGAUUUUGUGAAGAGAAUAAAGCUAUAUGCCGAGUCUCUAGCACGUUUCCAAGGAGGAUCUCCAUAUAUUUAUCCACUUUAUGGACUAGGUGAAUUGCCCCAGGCAUUUGCUCGUUUAAGUGCUGUAUAUGGUGGUACUUACAUGCUCAACAAACCAGAGUGCAAGGUAGAGUUUGAUUCAGAUGGAAAAGCCUUUGGCGUGACAUCUGAAGGAGAAACUGCCAAAUGCAAGAAAGUUGUGUGUGAUCCUUCCUAUUUGCCUGACAAGGUUCGAAAGGUUGGAAGAGUUGCUCGUGCUAUAUGUAUAAUGAGCCACCCUAUCCCACAUACCAGUGACUCCCACUCUGUCCAAGUUAUCUUGCCACAGAAACAACUCGGGCGUAAGUCAGAUAUGUACCUGUUCUGCUGCUCUUAUGCUCACAAUGUAGCUCCAAAAGGGAAAUACAUUGCUUUUGUGUCAACAGAAGCAGAGACUGAUCAGCCAGAAGUAGAAUUGAAGCCUGGUAUAGGUCUACUUGGGCCUGUAGAUGAGAUGUUUUUUGACAUUUAUGACAGAUACGAACCCAUCAACAAUCAUGAUGCUGACAAUUGCUUCAUAUCUACUAGUUACGAUGCAACGACACAUUUUGAGUCCACAGUAAAAGAUGUCAUUGCCAUGUACAGCCAGAUAACUGGAAAGACUCUCGAUCUUACUGUGGAUCUGAGUGCUGCCAGUGCUGCUUCUGAAGAAUGAAAUUUGAUGCCGUCCUCACAGCCUAAAAGCAUUAUUGGAGCAGCCCCAAGGGCCUUCACUGCUGUGCUUUUUCCCUUUAUAUUUCUUUUAUUUAAUUUUUUAUUCUUCAUUACAUUUUCCUUGAAUUAUUUAUUAAUUUUUAUGAAGAACAGAUAGGUUAUUUAGUUGAUGUAUUUCUGGGACCUUCAUGGGAAGUCUGAGAUUUUUAUUUCCAGCUCCUUCUGGAAGCUCAUCAGAGGAAACAAGUGGUAGAUAGAAGACCACUCUGGAAGCUUUGUAAUAGAUGGU